CGCGCGAGAAACGCGAGAGGCGGGUUGGCGUCUACUCUCGCGGCUCUAGCGGCGGCGAGAGAGAGAGAGAGAGAGAAAGAGAGGGGCCUGGCGUUGCCUGGGAAAGUCACUGAAUCCACAGGUUUCUCUCCGGCUGCGAUCUCGCGGAGGAGAAUACGGUUUGUUGUAAAUUUUCACGCGGAAGCGCGCUGCACCUCUCAUAACCUCGCGCCUUUCACUGGCAAGCACGUGUCGCGCGCGAGAUGUGCGCCCGCAAGACGCGUCAUUGAACUGUGGAACGACGCGUUGCUCCACCCACGAUAAUGCGGUUUCACUGCCGGACGAUGCGAAGCGAUGGAGCUUAUAACGUUGGAGCUGAGACCGCGCCUGCAAUCCUGCAACGUGUUCAUUUCCAUACGGGAAGAUCUCCGCUUGAGAAACGUCCGAGUCAGGCUCCUGGAAAGCAACGUAGUGUUAACAGUGGAGGACCGUAGCGUGAGCUUCUCAUUGCCGUCUGCAAAAGUUAUACCCAGCUCCCUGUCCACGUUGAGCAUAGUCGACAACUGGAUCUGCUUCCGUCUGCAGACCGCGCCGUCGGAAUCCGCGUUCGGGUCUUUUAGCACGGAGGUGAUAACCGACUUGAACAAGUCGGCUCGAGCGAGCACUUAUUCGCGGACUAUUUUAGAUGAUGUCAAAUUAUUGUUCGAGACGUCAAAAUGUGCCAUACUGUGCGCCUGUUGCAAAAGCGUCGUCUCGGAGUCGAUCGGCUUCAAGAGGUUCCUGCCUCUACCCGAUACAGAAUACGACCCGGACGAGUGGUUUUGCUGCAAGCACAGCUGCGACGCCGCCCCGAGUAGCGUGCAGCCGCGGGAAACCGAUUAUCUGUACGGCUCUUGCUUCUCCGUGUUGCACAGGAGCGUCUUCGGGGACAACGUGCGCGUAGAGAACAAGACGCUGACUUGUAACAAAUGCUUGCUGCACCUAGGAACGUUUCACGCGUACAGUUUGUUCAAGGUGUGGAACUGCUGCGUAGAUUACAAGCCACAGAAUGACGCGCUGUCUAUUGUGAGGGCUACCGAUCCGCUCAGCGACUUUCUGACACUCGUGAGAGACUCGCUGAGCGAGAUCCUAGGGGAGGAGAUUGUCCUGCAAACGUCCGUCGGCAAACAGGCUCAUUGUCUCACGAUAAAGCCGAUGGACUGCAAAUUAAAUUUAAUUACAGAGCCUGAUGACAAAGCGGCCUGUGAUACUGACACCGCGACUGUGUCCCUACAGCAGAAAUGCGCUGCCAAAGUUUUAUACAAGUACGAGACAAAUAAAGUUACUAUAGUUGCUAAUUAUCUGAAUGUUAAAUAUCACGAAGUAGGUCUGGCUCUGAUAGAAGCUGGAUUAAAGUAUUUGUUGUCGUCGACCAAACGACUGCCUCAUAUCUAUAGGACCGCUGGUACAGACUACUUUCUCGGUUACAUCGUCUUACAAGAAAUCGCGAACUAAAUACCGUCCAAUGUUGACUUUUAUUAUAUAUAUUUUGUAUACCUGUUUUUAUAUGUAAUAAAAAACUGUCUACCGCA